AUGAAAAUCUAUGGCCAAUAUGCUCACCGAAAACGUUUUCCUCCCGGUCCCAGAAAUUGGCCACUCAUUGGUAGUGUAUUUUCCAUUACGGGCGCCAAUCCUAAAACAUUUGCCGAUUGGUCCAAAAAAUAUGGACCUGUUAUCGGUAUACAUAUGGGUUCCUCUCCAACUGUACUACUUAACGAUUGGCCGUCUAUUAAGGAUGCCCUCUUGCAGGACACAACUCUUGAUCGACCCGUUGAUAAUUUAUUUGCAUCGGUUGCUCCAAAAGGAAUCAGUUCAAUGAAUGGACAAGAAUAUAGAGAUCAGAAAAAAUUUCUAAGUCUUUGGUUUAAAAAAAUAAAAUCAAAAGGAAAGCCAUUACUGGAAGACCUAAUUAUCGACGAAAUUCAACAAUUGUUUCAUACAAUUGAUAAGAUAAUUACUAUUGAUUUUGAAAUACCUGUCCGAUCGUUGUUUGGUUUGAGUUUGUUUAACAUUGGCAGCAAAUUUCUAUUAGGCCAACGAUUUGAUUAUACAAACAUAGAAAUGUUGAAACUAAUUGACAAUUUUUUUGCUACCAAUCCUAAUCUGGCUCUUAACUCUAUUUUUGGACAGUUUCCCAAUGUUAACAAAUUUUUGAUUAAAUAUUUUAACUUUUUAUUACAAAAAUCAGCUAAUGGACAAGCAAAUAUUGAUAUUUGUACAAUAAUUAAAAAUGAAAUUACAUCACAUGAAAAAACAUUGGAUACAAAUAAAAAUGAUAAUAAUUACAACCAUUAUAUGGAUACGUAUAUCAGGGAAUCUCGAAAACAAAAUAUCAAAAUUGAAAGUUCAGUUAGUUCUGGUACAUUAGAUAAUAGUCUAGUAGGCAUAAUAUUUGAUCUAUACGGUGGUCAAGUAUUAUCGAUGAUAAAUCCGAUUGAAUGGUCGCUGGUAUUGUUGGCCACAUAUCCGGAUGUUCAGCAAAAAGUUUAUCGAGAAAUUGUCUCAAUUUUGGGUACAAACGGUAGACCAAUGUAUGAACAAAGAAAUCAGUUGCCAUACGUUCAGGCGUUCAUCUAUGAAGUGAUGAGAUUUAGAUCAAUUACACCAUUGAAUUUGCAACGAAUGGCAACUGCUGACACUAUAAUUGGUGGACAAUUUGUACCAAAAGGUACACAUAUAUUGAUAAACUUUUGGUCAGUUAGCAACGACCCGAACCUAUGGGACGAACCGAACCGCUUUCGACCCGAAAGAUUUCUCAUAGACGGCGAAACCAAAUUUGUAAAACCCGAAUAUCUGAUACCGUUUUCAUUUGGCAAAAGGACGUGUCCGGGUGAGGUGUCGGCAUUAAUGCAAUUGUUUUUCUAUACUAUUUUAUUAAUACAAAAAUAUGAAAUCAAAGCAACAAAAAACACGGACACAACACUUGACUAUGAAUUUCAAUUAUCAGUCGCUCCUAAACGUGAACCGGUAGUCGGUUUUGUCAAACGUUAUGAUUAA